AUGCCCGGCAUGUUGUCGCAAGCGUCGAUAUCUGCAACAUUUCUCCUCCUCCUAGCGUCGCUGCCGUCCAGCACGCCCACCUGCUUCCUCCCCAACGGCACCGCGCACCAGGACGAAGGAACUUCGCGCUGUUCUUCCAUAUCUGGCUCCCCGCUCUACAACACAUGCUGCCAAACGCAAUGGCCGAACCCACCAGGCGGCGAUGUUAUAAACGGCCCUACGGCGGAUGAAUGCAUGCCGAACGGGCUGUGUCAGAACAGAGGCUUCAGCAGCGCACCUGGCCAAGAGGCAGAGCCGUGGACGCACUUCUACCGGGUUUACUGUGCGAAUGCGAACUGGGAGGCACCGGUAGCGACGGGGACGGGGACGGGCGAGGAACCCACGCCAUCGUCCGACGCAGCGAACCUAUCUGGCCAGAACGGAGAGAAGCAAGAUGAGGGCAAAUCGAACUCGGGACGCAACAUUGGUAUCGGCGUAGGUGUCGGCGCUGGUGUGGGAGCUCUGCUAGGUAUUGCAGUGACCAUUCUACUGCGAAGACGGAAGUCAAAGCAGAAGACUCGGGAGAUUGAAAACGAGAUUGCGGAAGAGAGGCAGAAGCAGGAUUUAGCCAAAGGGUACCACCACGUGGCUGAGAUGCCGCAUCAGGAACCUGUAUGUCGAAAUGUCAACGCGGCAAGGGAUGUUGAGCUAACGUUGAGAUAG